UAAACAUACGGGCACACCAAUUUUCAGAACAUUUUAAUACUGGCAUGUAAAUAAAAUAAUCAAUUGAUGAAACCCUAAAAUAAAAUGUUAGGUGUUGGACAUGCAAUUGUCGCAAUUGGACAUUAUUCAUCACAACAAAUGUAGACUUUUUGUUCCUGCUACAUGUGAAUUAAAGUUUUCAAGUGAAAAUGCAAUACCUGCUGUAUUUCUGAAGUGGUGAACAAAGAGUAUGUUUUCCAAGUGAUUUUAUAUAUGAGUUGUAAAAAUGAUAGCUUAUAUAGGAAAACAUAGUGCCCAGUAACAGAAUACGGAAUUCUCAUCUUAAUCUUACGACAUUUUUCAUCAGUGAAGCAAAUAUCAUAAAUGCGUGUUGAAAGUACUGAAAUAUUUAAGCUUGCCGUUCGGUAUGCCUUCCCCUGAAGCAUUGUAAACAAUUGGAUCUCGAAGAAUGAACGCCAAUAGCACAGAUAAAACUGUCGCGUGUUAAUCAUGUCCACGAGAAGAUACCGCUUUGUUAAGGGUUCAGGGAGAUUGAGAUUGUCCCAAAAGCUGAAUUUUUAAGAUGUUGAAAGGAAAAUUGCACAAAGAAGAACCUGGUUGUUAAUAACACGCUGCUACUAACAAUAUAUAAAGGCAGUAAUACAAUUAAGCAUGAAAGUACAAGAUAUAAUCCUGUGUGCAUGUCCUGCAUAAAAACAUUUACAAAAGGUACCGCAUCCAGUUAAGUAUUUGGUUUUGGCCAGCCAAUCCACUCAAAAUGGGAGCCAAUACUUCGAGCAGCAGUUAUCCGACGGUCGCGUCAUCAGGGAGUGCAGUUAAUAGUAAUUCCAGCAACUCCAAUGGAAACCUAUCAGCAGGCCUACCCAUGGGCAUGGCAGAAAUUUCCUCGGCAGGUGCCUACGGCAUGAGCGGCGGCAGUUGCGGUGCGAGUGGUGGGAACGCGGGCGGAACUCCUGGGAUUGUCAUAAGCGGAGCACACUACCACCGCGAUCAGAGGAGGAAGCGUGCCACUGGCUUUGCAACCCUCAAACGCAAAUUCAUACGUCGACGGCGUUCUUCGAAGGCCUGUGAUCACGCUCGCGUGCUGAGGGAUUUUGUCUCUGAUUGGGCACCUGUGGAACUGGCAGCCCUGUGCGAGGAGUUUGAAGCACUGUCGGCCCUAAGGGAUUUGUCGGUGCAAGCUGAACUGGCACGACCGCCGGCAGCAACGUUCAAGCAAGAUCUGGCUGCUAUCUAUGAGAAAAAUUUGUGCACUGAUUGUGAUCUUGUCUUUCGUGGAACGAUAUUUUCAGUCCACCGUUCAAUAUUAUCAGCCCGUUGUGUAUAUUUUCGGGACCUGCUGGCAGGAUGUCCUGGUUUCGGAGCACGUAUCUGUCUCGAAUUGCCCACUUCCCCCAUUGAUGUACAACUGUUCUCGUCACUACUACGUUACUUAUAUACUGGUGAUCUUUGCCCCCAUGAUCCCAGCAUUGACAUUGCUCUAUUGCGACAGCUGGGCAAGGAUUUUGGUACUCCGAAUCCCCUGGAGCAUGAUCUGCGCUAUUUGUUGGAAACUGGUGAUUAUGCAGACGCAGCACUUGUUUUUACCGCAGAUGGCACCAACGACUAUCUCAGACAAGACUCGGGAACCUCGGAAUACGGGUUCCGACCGAAGAUUGAACUUCCUUGCCAUAAAGCGAUAUUGAGCGCGCGGUCACCGUUUUUUCGAAAUUUAAUUGCUCGUCGAACACGUAAUAUUGACGAGUACGUUGAACGUUCUUUACACGUACCCACACGCAUUGUAUUGGACGAAACUGUUAUACCAAAAAGAUAUGCGCGGGUAUUGCUGCAAGCAAUUUAUCUUGACUCGGUGGAUUUAACGUUGAUUUUGCGUGGCGUGGGAUCUGGUACAUCAGCCGGAUCACUUGGAGAAGUGCACGCUCUGACCAACACAGGGCGUGUGCGACCGACGACCCUUGAGGAGGCCAUGGAGUUAUACCAGAUCGGUCGAUUCUUAGAGCUGGAUAUUUUGGCUCAAGGCUGUGAGGAUUUGAUUCUUGAAUGGCUAUCCAUAGAAACGCUGCCCACUGUCCUAAAGUGGGGCUGCCAGCCCUAUGGAUCUGCAUGGGUCUUUCGCCAAGCUUGUCAGUAUUUGCGGGAGGAAUUUGCCGCUGUUAGCUCCUCGCCGGUGUUGCACCAACUUGACAAAUCUCAGUUAAUACAUAUUCUGCAUAGCAACUUCUUGCAGGCAUCUGAAUUGGAGGUCCUGCAAGCUGUCCUCAAGUGGGGCGAGCAUGAGCUCAUUCGCCGCAUGGAAGAUCGAGAGCCCAACCUGUUGUCCCACACAGCCCACUCGGUAGCACGCAAAGGUGUGAAGAAACGUGACCUGAGUGAUAUAGAAUUACGCGAGAUACUCUCCGAACUAUUGCCCCUGGUGCGAAUGGAUCAUGUCUUGCCGCCGCACUGUGAGGUGCUUUGCCAGGCGAUUCGGCGGGGCCUUGUGAGCACACCACCUUCGCAUAUGAUCGGAGAUGAUCGCGAGAAUCUGCGUAUCAACGCCUGGAUUCGCGGUGGUAAAAAUCAAGGUCUAUACGUAAGACCCCGUUUAUUCAUGCCCUAUUUCGAGGAGGUUAAAGCGCUCUUGGAAGAUCGGAUGUCGUCAUCCCAUCAUCAGGUUGAACUGAUGCGAAUGCGCAGGUGUCGACAUCCUCCGGAUAUCCCAGAUACAUUAUAUAUGGUGUCGCAUAUGAAUUCAAAGGCGAAUAGUGAUCUUAGCACAGUAGAAAACCGUAGUACUGAUGGAAAUGUUGAUAUAUUAGUAGGCGCCGCUGUUAUUCCACCACCGGACAACCAAACCUUGUUGGCAAUGCGAAAGCGGGAACACAAGCUGCGUCAAUCGCCUAUGUGCCAGCGGGCCCUGCUGCUGCCACUCUCUUCGAAGAACGAGAUCGACAGGCAAAUUCGGCUUCGGGUUGUUCGGGAGUUUAAUCUGCCGGAUGAAGUGUCUGACCUGUUGGAAAUCGCACUUCAAACCAAUCAGGGUAGAAAUGAGAGCCAUGCCGAGGAGACAGGUGCGUCGACCUCCCAAAAGGAUGACUCCCUGCUGGAGGACGAGGAUCAAAGCCCGCCGCCAUCACCGGCGGCCACUUGCUCAGUCUCGCGACACACCACCGUGGCAUCCUCGUUCUUGUCCCCCAUGGGCUCAUCAGUGGCGUCGUGUGGCACCGACGCUGCCCAUCCCUGCUACAGUCGAAAUCUCACCUUCCCACGCCACCACUCAAACGGGCUGAUCGGCGUAGCCAGUGCGUUCGGAUCCAGCUCCGGCUCUGGGCCAACGCUGCAGUGCAGCUACUCGCGACUCUCAUCGUCAGUGCAUCAACGCAACGACCUACCAGCCCUCAUCACCGAGGGUGACUUCCGAUUUCCGCAUGGCAACGGAAUGGGGUUGGACAUGGGCGCCGAGGGCGGUGCUUGUGGCCUGGACGCGGCCAAUAGCCAUUUGUCCGAGAUGAUGCCGGAUGUGGCGAUGGCGACGGCUUCAUUGGGACAGCUCCAUCUGACAAACAACGGCGCUGGGUGCGCCAGCAACAUGGGUGGACGCGCAGUAAGCACUAAUAACGACAUGUCCGAGAGCUUGCAAUUAGAUUUAGGCGAUGGCCCGAGCCCUCACAUAAUUGGAAGUGCUGUAGGUUCAAUGACUUUACGAAAUAUACAGCACCAACUGCCAACAAACAACUAUCAUCACUUCAUGCAGCGUUCAAACUCGCCAUUUGAACUCCUGCGGCAAGGACAACCAUCGCCAACAUCACAUCCACAACAUUCCGGGACAUACAAUUCUGGACCACCAAGGUUUUUAUAGAGAUUUCGAGUGGCCCCCGAUCACGGGCAUUAUUUUAGCAUGCCUUUCUAAAUAAAAAUCCGAUACAAUUAAAACUAAAAAUCUAGAUAAAUAAAACAAACUACUAAAUAAAUGUCAAAAUGAUACCCCUU